UGGGAGACAAAGCGCACUUCAGAGGGAGUUUUCCUUCGGAAAACCGUGGUGAAAAGUGUUGAGUGUCGUGAAAAAUCAGUGACGACCACGUGCGUGCGUGAGUGAGAUUGCACGGCGUGGGUGAAACACCCCAAAUCUGCGUCAUUUCUCCGAGAGAAGUUACUCUCUCUCUCUCACAAGAUGCUGUUCUCUUGGCUGGCGGAAUUAUGCGAUUUGCCCAUUGAUUUGAUCAACUUCCUGAUUAGUCAGUGUUUGGCUCUGUUGCUGGCCUCGUUCUUCCGGUCUGUGUUGCACCCCUCGAAGGUGUCCGCGGGCAUCCGACAUGUCAUUUGUUUGGUGCUGGGCCUCUUCUUUGGCUACUUCUGCUUCGGACAGCAAGCCAUACACAUCGCCGGGCUGCCAGCGGUGUGUUAUAUCGUGAUCCGCACACAAAAUCCACAGAUUGUGCAGCGAUUGGUGAUGAUAGUGGCCCUCACGUACUUGUCAUGCAUUCAUCUGCAUAGGCAGUACUACUACUAUGAGUCCUAUUCGCUGGACAUCUCGGGGCCCCUCAUGAUCAUCACGCAGAAGGUCACCAGUUUGGCCUUUAGCAUCCAUGACGGCUUCACGCGGGAACAGAAGGAGCUCACCAAGUCGCAGCAGUAUCACGCGGUGCAGAAGCUUCCAUCCGCCCUCGAGUUCUUCUCCUAUGCCCUUCACUUUCAGGGCAUUCUCGCUGGUCCACUAGUCUUCUACCGUGACUAUGUGGAGUUCAUUGAGGGCUAUCACAUCCUGAAGCACGCUCCAGAUGCCCCCUCGGCCAUGAACAAAUCCAAGUGGUCGAAGGAGAUUGUCCAGGAGCCGUCGCCGAUGAAGAGUGUAAUUAACAAGGUGGCAGCGAGCAUUGUCUGCGCAUACAUCUUUAUGAAGUUCAACACGAUGUACUCAAUUGACACGAUCAAGGAGGAUGAAUUUAUAAACAACACAAGCAUGGCGUACAAGUUCUGGUUUGCCAUGAUGGCCACAACAACGAGUAGAUUCAAGUUCUACCAUGCAUGGAUAUUUGCUGAUGCCAUUUACAACAACGCUGGCAUGGGCUUCAAUGGAUACGAAGCGGAUGGCAAGUCCAAGUGGGAUUUGAUCACAAACAUUAACGUGAUUGGGUUUGAGUUUGGCACAAACUUCCGCGAUUGCAUUAACAGCUGGAAUUUGGGAACAAAUCGAUGGCUCAGGAUGAUUGUGUAUGAGCGUGUGCCAAAGAGGUAUGGAACUGUGCUCACCUUCGCUCUCAGUGCUCUCUGGCAUGGAUUCUAUCCUGGAUACUACAUUACCUUCGCCAGUGGUGCGCUCUUUGUCAUGGCAGCACGCUCUGCUCGCCGAUUGUUCCGCCACAGAUUCCAGAAAUCUACAUUUGUUCGACGCUUCUAUGAUAUUCUCACGUGCUUUGUGACAAGAUUCUACAUGGGAUACGCUACAUUCCCAUUUGUCAUUCUUGGAUUUAAGGCGAGUCUCACUCUGUACCUGAAAUUUUACAUGUGCCUUCAUGUGAUCGCCCUGGUGACUAUCUUUGUGCUGCCGCGCUUCAUGCGGGGUGAGAGGACCGCGCGGAAGGCUGUGGCCGUGGCGGAAGAGUCGCCGGCAGUGAAGCAGGUGACAAAGCAGGCCGAGGCGAUGGAGGAACGCAAUGAUCCGCUGCCGGAGAUGGACAGUGACGCGCUGGCGUCAGUGAUAAAGAAGAACUUGGAGAUGGAGGCACGCAAUUUGGAGGAGUUUCUGGAGAAGAAGGCCAAGGGCAUCGUGGAGCUGAAGGAAGAUCUCUGGCAGGAAUUGCUAUCGCCCGAGAGUGAGCUGAGGCGACGCUAUCCGGACGGAGUGACACCCGAGGGCGGUGUUGAUGCGUUCAUCAAGAAGGAGAUCAAUGCUCUCAACCAAGCCGUACAGCAGGCCACCGUCUUGCCGGCGGUGCUCAGCAAUGGGCAUGCCAAGUAGGUGAUUCCCGCGCUUUGUCGCUCUCCUCCUGAGUUCACAGAACACGUGGCUGUUCUCUCAGCAUAAUAGAUUCCGAAUUGUGUGGUGUUGUUGUGGCGGAAAAAGCAAGAGAUCCUUUUGAGGAGGCAUUUUUCCAGUGUAUUUGUUCGUAUAUAAUUGGGAUAUUUUCUUUCUAAAUCAAUUUGAGACUGAAAUGAGACUAAUUGUGUAGGAAGUUUUAAAAGCAUUGACAUUGGAAGAUUGAAGUAAUGAUGACAAUAUUGAAGCCUCAAAUCUCGUUGUUUUACUUUUAAAAUCUCUCUGCCUUUCCAUCACAACAUCUGAACGCUAGAAGGAAGUGUUUAGUCGUAGUUAUUGCUAAAAUUAAUAACUAGAAACGCUGUUCUGUCGAAUUUGGGGUGAGAGUGUGUGCAAUUUUUCGCCGUGAUAGCGUGAGAAUUGAAUGAUAAGCGAUGUGACAAAAGGGGAAUUUUGGCAGUUUAUUAUUUGUCCAAAAUGUGAUUAACCAGACGAAAAGAUGGCAAGAGAAUUGUGCUGAAAGAAAAUGUGCAAAGUUCUGUAUAAAAUGUAUUGAAGAAUGUUUUUUCUACUAUGUAAAUUUGUUAAUGUUUUUCAGCCAUAUGAAAAUCCCUUUCGGGGGCCAUUCAAUUCUCACACGCGACAAGAUGAUGAAAAAGAGGACAGAUAAAGCAAAAAAGAAAAUGGAAAACCCUAGAAUUAGAGAUGAGGAGAAAAAUACUUUAUAGGUUUUGUGAGCUAAUUUUUGUGUGGUAAAGAACAUCACAUAUAUAUUUUCUUUUUUAUAAAUAACAUUUUGUGAGUAAGGUUUUGUUUGCGGAAUUGUGUGUAAUUUUGAUGGAAUGUAUUUCCUUCUAUUUUAUCAAUUUUAGUCCAGGAUAUAAAAAAUCUGUGUGAGAGUCACAAAAAGUAAUAGCCGAGAGUAAUAUUCUAAACAAGAAAAAAAAAGAGAAUCAAGCAAAAUAUUUAAAGGGAGAAUUCUAGUCUAGCGUUACAGAACUUAUUGAGAAUGAAGACACUAUACACCGAAAUGACACUGUUUUUAUGUGUAAAAAUCAUCUAGUUUUCCAAACUUAAUUUGCCAAUUUUUCACAGAAAAAAAGAGAGGAAUCUUAAACAUAUCUUCCAGUUUUACACUUUACUUUCCUUCCGAUAUAUUUCGUAGUCUUCCCACCAAAAGUCCCACUGGAAUUUGCAAACAAACAUGAAAACUCUGCUUUGGCCUAUGCAAUAUUCAGCAUUUCACCUCCGCGUGCUAUUGAAUUAUUCAAUUAUUCUUCCGGGACAAGGCAGGAAGUGGGCGAACAUAUUCCCGGAAAGUGGGGAAAAUGUGUGCCUCCUGAAUAUUGCAUUGCGCCAGAUUCAGCAUUAAAUUUGUUGAAAUGGUCAGUGGAAGGCGUUUGAUGAGUAAAGCGCGACCUCCACACAAUUGGUGUCAAUAUUAAAAAAGAAAUGUCAGAAAAACCAGCCCGUCUUUUAGCUGAAAAUCCCCCUGAAAAAUCCAACGAAGCGCCACAGAAGAUAUUUUAGCAAGAAAUAAUUGCACUUUUUGUACAGAUAUUGGAUGUUAUUUUCUUUCCUUAAUUUCUCCUUUUUUAUGACAUCAUUUUUGUCACACAAUUAUAUUCUCUAAACAUUGAAUACACAUAUUUAAAUAUUACAUGUAAUUCUUACUCUUCUAUGUAAGAUUAAAGAGGAAAAAAAAGAAAUACAAGAAAAGAAGUGAGAAAAUAGAAUGUGAAGAGGAGAUAAAAUUUGAGAUAUUGAGCUGUUUUCAGCUUCUUAUCAUUUACAAAAGAAAAAAACGGAGAGAUGAGAAGAAAAAGUUGAAAUAUGACAUUGUAAUGGUAAAAUCUUCCUAAAGUUCUCCAAAAUACAAUUAUUAUACACAGAAGAA